AUGAGGCUGCUCAUCCCUGCCUUGCUGUUUCUUGAGGCCCUUGGACUCUGUCUGGCUAGGACAACAACUGUUAGAUGGUGUGCCGUGUCAAAAUUUGAGGCCCAGAAAUGUUCCAGGUGGCAGAAUGCGAUGAAAAUAGUGGGUGGCCAGCCACUCAGUUGUGUCAAGAGAUCCUCCACCAGCCAGUGCAUCCAGGCCAUUGUGACAAAUAAAGCUGAUGCUAUGACUCUCGAUGGCGGUUCGAUGUUCGAUGCAGGAUCACCCCCCUACAAAUUGCGGCCUAUAGCAGCAGAAGUCUAUGGGACCAAAGAGCAACCCCGGACUCACUAUUACGCUGUAGCGGUUGUGAAGGAAAGUAGUAACUUUCAUCUGAACCAACUACAAGGCCUGAGGUCCUGCCACACAGGCCUUGGCAGGAGUGCUGGGUGGAAGAUCCCCAUAGGGACACUUCGUCCAUUCCUGAAUUGGGAUGGGCCACCUGCAUCCCUUGAGGAAGCAGUGUCCAAGUUCUUCUCAGAGAGCUGUGUUCCUGGUGCCAACAAGGACCGCUUUCCCAACCUGUGUAGCUUGUGUGCAGGGACAGGCACAAACAAGUGUGCCUCUUCCCCGGAGGAACCAUACUCUGGCUACGCAGGUGCCUUCAAGUGUCUGAGGGACAACGUUGGGGAUGUGGCUUUUACCAGGGGAAGCACGAUCUUAGAGGUGCUACCAGAAAAAGCCGAAAGGGCCCAGUACAAGCUGCUCUGUCCAGACAACACCUGGAAGUCAGUGGAAGAGUACAAGGAGUGUCACCUGGCCCAAGUCCCUUCUCACGCUGUUGUGGCCCGACGUGUGAACGGCAAGGAAGAUGCCAUCUGGAAACUUCUCAGCCAGGCACAGGAGAAGUUUGGAAAGGACAAGUCUUCCGAAUUCCAGCUCUUUGCCUCCCCUGAGUCAAGGGACUUGCUGUUCAAGGACUCUGCCAUUGGGUUUUCAAGGGUUCCCCCAAAGGUAGAUGUUGGCCUCUACCUGACCUUCAACUAUAUCACAUCCAUCGAGAACCUGAGGAGAAAGGAACAGGAUGUGGCAGCCAUUCGUGCCCGGGUCACGUGGUGUGCAGUGAGCAGUGAGGAGAAGCGCAAGUGUGACCUGUGGAACAGAGCGAGCAAGGGCAGGGUGACCUGCACCUCAUUCCCCACCACGGAAGACUGUAUUAUCUCAAUCAUGAAAGGAGACGCUGAUGCCAUGAGCUUGGAUGGAGGGUAUAUCUACACGGCCGGCAAGUGUGGUUUAGUUCCCGUGCUGGCGGAGAGCCAGAAAUCACCCCAAAGCAGUGGCUCUGGUUGUGUGGAUAGACCAGUGGAAGGGUACUUGGCAGUAGCAGCAGUUAGAAAGCAAGAUGCUGGCUUCAGCUGGAGCUCUGUGAUAGGCAAGAAGUCCUGCCACACUGCUGUGGACAGGACUGCAGGCUGGAACAUCCCGGUAGGCCUGCUCGUCAACCAGACCGGAUCCUGCAAAUUUGAUGAGUUCUUCAGCCAAAGCUGUGCCCCUGGGGCUGACCCCAAAUCCAAUCUCUGUGCUCUGUGUGUUGGCGACGAGAAGGGUGAGAAUAAGUGUGCAGCCAACAGCCGAGAGCGAUACCAGGGCUACACUGGGGCUUUGAGGUGCCUGGCUGAGAAAGCAGGAAAUGUUGCCUUUUUGAAGGACUCCACUGUCUUGCAGAACACUGACGGAAAGAACACUGAAGAGUGGGCUAGGAACUUAAGGCUGGAGGACUUUGAGCUACUGUGCCUUGAUGACACCCGGAAGCCGGUGACUGAGGCUAAGAACUGCCACCUCGCCAUAGCCCCAAAUCAUGCUGUGGUAUCUCGGACAGACAAGGUGGAAAUCCUUCAGCAGGUGCUGUUUAAGGAACAGGAUCUGUUUGGAAACGGUGGAUCAAAGUGCCCAGGAGAGUUUUGCAUGUUCCAGUCUGAGACCAAAAAUCUUCUAUUCAAUGACAACACUGAGUGUCUGGCUAAGCUCCAUGGCAAAACAACAUAUGUGAAGUAUUUGGGAAAGGAGUAUGUCACAGCCACCGCUAAUCUGAAGCAGUGUUCAAGUUCCCCACUCCUGGAAGCCUGCGCUUUCCUUACCCAGUGAAAAUACCGAGCAAAUGGCCGAGCCUUCCCAGGGAGCCUCAGCCCAGAUCCAUGGCGUCUUGGCACCUUGCAGAAAGUGAGCUUUGCUGAUCAUCUGUUCUUAUAAC